AUGAUGUGGAAAAGAAGAGUCAAGAAAGCAAGGGUGGAGGAUGAACGCACCCAGACAUCCACCAAUGCAUUUGUCAAGGGCUCGCAGGGUCCCGAGCUAGUUUCCGGCGUGAGAAUGCAGGUGUCAUUCUUCAAGAAAUCGUACUUGGGAGCCUCAGCUGUGAUGGUGUACGUGGUGGUGCUGCUGCCAUCGUCCUCGGAUGGUGACAAUGCCCGUCGGCGCAUUGCAUGCCGGUUCCUCUUCAUAAGGCCGACCGUGUCGGAGCACCUUUUCGCCAGUGCACCACGGCGCGCCAAGUGA